GUUGAUCAAAAAGUUUCCUUUUGCUUUCCAAAGUCGCUGUCUGAGCAGAGGCAUCGGAAGAGGAGGCCGGUUGCUCUAACAUUCCUCGGGAAAGCGACUUAAAUGCAAUGAGAAGGCUUCUCUUCCCAGGGACACGCAGCCAAGAACAGACACAGAGAAGCUGUUUUCCUUCUCUUCUCUCCCAACUCCUACUGGAGUUGAUCAGCUCUCAUUUCUGGCAUGCGUCUCAACUCUCAGGAUACCAUGUCACAGUAUUCUACUAACUUUCUCUUGCUUCCCAUACCAGAGUAUCCGGUAUUAGACUGCGUGCCCAACAAAAUCAUCAAGCUGGUGGUGCUGGGUGGCAGCAGUGUUGGCAAGACAGCUCUGGUUGUGCGCUUUCUCACUAAGAGAUUUAUUGGAGACUAUGAAGCCAACGCUGGUGCAUUGUAUUCAAGAAAAUUCACCAUAGAUGGGGAACAGAUCUCCCUACAGGUGCAGGAUACUCCCUUUGUUUCACUGGAGGAUGACACUGACAGCAUCUGCUGCCAGGAGCAGAUCAACCGCUCGAUCUACUGGGCAGAUGGCUUCGUUUUCGUUUACUCCAUCACAGAAUACGAGAGCUACCGCGUCAUCCGGCCCCUGUACCAGCACAUCCGCAAGAUCCACCCCAACGCUAACAUCCCCCUGCUUCUGAUGGCAAACAAAGGAGACCUUCUGCGAGCCAGGCAGGUGUCCUCCAAAGAAGGACUCCAGCUGGCCAGCGAACUGGGAGGUACUUACUAUGAAGUCUCAGCGCGGGAGAACUGCGAGGGCGUGCACGAAGCCUUCCAGCAGCUUUGCCAGGAGGUCAGCAGGAUGAUUGGCAGCUGCAAUGGAGAGAAACGAAGAGGCCUCCACCUUGUCCGACCCAAGUCUCCAAAUAUGCAGGACUUAAAGAGACGUUUGAAACAGGCUCUGACUUCCAAAGGGAAAUCUGCCACUACGCUUUGAUGUAGCUGAUAAAAAUAGUUUUCCACACCCCUGGACAAAAGGCAAGCAAAUAAACUGGUGUUUAAGGGAAUCUCCAAAAUACAGUAUUUGGGUUGUGUGAGAGGUCCCUUCAUUCUCUCUGUUUAUCUUCCUUAAAAAUUCCAUGUUUGUUCAUCAGAGGAAUUCACAGAACGUUCUCCUGUGGCAAGAAAGUAGAAACUGAUUUAAGGUGUAGAUUGUCCCAAAUUAUUUCUUUCCCAAAAGGAAUGCAGUCAAAUAGUUUAGGCAUAAAAUGUAGAUUUUAUUAAUAAAAUAAAUAAAUCUUA